AUGGCGGGAGUUGGUUCAGAUAAUCGCAGCGGCGAUAUCCGUAUCGUCGUCGCCGGUGAUGCCGGGACCGGCAAGACGAGCUUGGUUUUUGCUGCCUCCACUGGUCAUUUUGUUCCCAAUGUUCCGUCAGUUCUGCCGCCGGCUAAGCUUCCCGAGGACAUGUUCCCAACUCGUGUCCCUGUCACCGUCAUCGAUACUUCUUCGAGAACCGAGAACAGAACGACACUUGUUGAAGAACUAAAGAGAGCUGAUGCAAUUGUGCUCACUUAUUCCUGUGAUAGACCCCCCACACUUGAUAGUUUGACUUCGUUCUGGCUUCCUGAACUUCGGCGAUUGGAGGUUACAGCUCCUGUUAUUGUUGCGGGGUGUAGGCAAGAUACACAGGAGGAGGAAGACCCAACCAAUCUCGAGCAGGUGAUGUCUCCAAUCAUGCAACAGUUUCCGGAGAUUGAAACUUGUAUCCAAUGUUCAGCAUUUAGAGUCACUCAGGUUGUGGAAGUUUUUUAUUUUGCACAGAAAGCUGUCCUUUACCCAGCAGCUCCACUGGCUGAUCAAGAAGCAGGAACUCUAAAACCUCGUUGUAUCAGGGCUUUGAAAAGAAUUUUCAUACUAUGUGAUCAUGACCGGGAUGAUGCCCUUAGCGAUGUAGAGCUGAAUGACUUUCAGAUUAAGUGCUUCCAAGCUCCACUACAGCCUUCUGAGAUAAGCGAGGUUAAGAAGGUUGUGCAACAGCAAUAUCCUGGAGGCAUUAAUGAUAGGGGUCUUACAUUGGCAGGAUUCCUCUUUCUGCAAGCACUCUUUAUAGAGAAGGGCCGUACGGAGACAACAUGGACUGUCCUGAGAAGAUUUGGAUAUAAUAAUGACAUUAGACUUGCUGAUGAUAGACUCCCUCCUCCAUUCAGAAGACAUCCUGACCAAAGUGCAGAGCUGAGAGAUGAUGCUUUGGAUUUUUUGAGGAAAAUCUUUUUUAAGUUUGACAUUGAUGGUGAUGGAUCUCUCAGAACUGCCGAAGUUGAAGGUUUAUUUUCAACAGCACCAGCAAAUCCAUGGAAUGAAGCACCCUAUAGAGAUGCAGCAGAGAAAAAUGUUUUAGGUGGGCUUACAUUGGAUGGGUUUCUGUCCACGUGGGCUCUUAUGGCACUGCUGGACCCCAUUCGAUGCUUUGAGUAUCUGAUUUAUAUUGGAUAUGCUGGUGAUGUUUCAUCUGCUAUUCGUAUCACUCGGAGGAGACUGUUAGAUCGUAAAAAGCAACAGUCAGACAGAAAUGUUUAUCAGUGCUUUGUAUUUGGACCCAAAGAGGCUGGAAAGUCAACAAUAUUGGACUCAUUUCCUGGGAGGCCUUCCCCUAAAGAAUAUGUUCCAACUACUACAGAUAAUCAUUAUGUUGUCCAUAUUGUUGAUCAGCCUGGGGACACCAAGAAAGCUCUCGUAUUACGUGAGAUUCCAGAGGAUAAUGCAGAGAAGUUUCUAUCAAGUAAGGAUGCUUUGGCAGCAUGUGAUGUCGCAAUAUUUGUUUAUGACAGAUCUUGUGAAUCUUCAUGGAAGAGGGCAACUGAGUUGCUACUUAGUGUUGCUAGCCAAGGUGAAGCCACUGGUUAUGAGGUUCCUUGCCUCAUAGCUGCAGCUAAAGAUGAUCUUGAUCCAUAUCCAACUGAAAUACAAGAUUCAACCAGGGUUAGUCAAGAUUUGGGGAUAGAGGCUCCCAUUCGAAUCAGUGGAAAGCUGCGAGAUGUAAAUAUUUUCUGCAGAAUUGUUAGUGUGGCACAGCACCCCCAUUUAAGCAUACCCGAAACUGAAGCUGGGAAAAGCCGCAAGCAAUAUCGUCAGUUUAUUAGUCGCUCUUUGAAGUUUGCAUCAGUUGGGGCGGCCAUAGCUUUCGUUGGAUUGGGAGGAGUACUACCUCUUCUUCUUUCAAGAAAUGUAGCAUACGAUGACCUCAAGAUAUCGAAUUGGCCUCAAAAAAAAGAAAAAAAAAGGAAAUUCGAUGUCUUUGCAAGUUUGAAGGACAUAUAUAAUGGUAAGUAA